AUGGACCCACCUCACCUUCCCGCAAGGCGAGGAUCUUUGCAGGGGGGAGGACGGAGCGUGCGGCAGGAGCUCCCCGGCAGCAAAAGGAGGAGCGUGGGCAGAGGAGACAAUGCUGAUCCAGCCGGGGACCGCAGCCUGCCCCUCCACCCCCUCCUGCGCCUGCCGUGGCUGAGGGUGCCCCCGCUUGCAGGCUCUGCUCCCCAGGAUGCGCCGGAGCCGGGGGGACGCAGAGGGGCCAUGGGGGCUGUCGGCGUCCUGGGCUGGCUGAUAGGGGUGGCAACGGGACAGCGUGGCUUGGGCGCCGGGGCACCCGGGGAGGUGACGGGGUGCGGGGGCAGCGGCAGCACCCCGGGGCGCGCAGGAGAGCUCAGGCAGGGACGCGGCCCCCAGCCGGCAGCUGCCCCCCCCUGCCCCCCAGGCGCCUGGCCCUGCAGCCCCAAGUACUUCGGCCGCGACGCCCUGGUGUGCGUCUGCAACGCCACGUACUGCGACACGCUGGACCCCGUGGUCCUGCCGGCCCCGGGCACCUACGUCAAGUACGAGAGCAGCAAGGCCGGCAAGCGGCUGGAGCGCAGCGAGGGGAGCUUCCAGCGCAGCCUGCGUGCCCCAGGGCUGCUGCUGAUGCUCAACGUCUCUGCGCUGUACCAGCACGUGAAGGGCUUUGGUGGGUCCCUCUCCGAUGCUGCUGCCCUGAACAUCCUGGGGCUGUCGCGGCCAGCCCAGGACAACCUGCUGCGCUCCUACUUCUCCGAGAGCGGGAUUGAGUACAACCUCAUCCGCCUCCCCAUGGCUUGCAGCGACUUCUCCAUGCGCCCCUACAGCUACGACGACGUCCCCCAUGACUACGAGCUGAAGCACUUCAGGCUGGCAGAGGAGGACGUGAAGAUGAAGAUCCCCCUCCUGCACCGAGCCUCGGCCAUGAGCAGGCGGCCGCUGUCACUGUACGCCAGCCCCUGGACCUCCCCAGCCUGGAUGAAGAGUAAUGGGGACGUCCGUGGGAAGGGCACGCUGAAGGGGCAGGCGGGGGACAAGUACCACAAGACCUGGGCCAACUACUUCAUCAAGUUCCUGGACGAAUACGCCAAACACAACGUGACCUUCUGGGCGGUGACGGCGCAGAACGAGCCCCUCACGGCGCUCUUCGCGCACCCCCAGUUCCCCACCGUUGUCUUCACCGCCGCGCAGCAACGGGACUUCAUCGUCCGCGACCUGGGCCCCGCGCUGGCCCGCAGCCCCCACCGCACCCGCCUCAUCGUCCUGGACGACCAGCGCAUCCACCUCCCGCACUGGGCCAAAGCGGUCCUGGGCAAUGCCACCGCUGCCCGCUACGUCGCCGGCGUGGGGGUUCACUGGUACCUGGAUGGCAUCGUCCCGGCCAGCUGCAGCCUGGAGGCCACCCACAAGCUCUUCCCUGACCAUUUUCUCCUCUACACCGAGGCCUGCAGCGGCUUCCUCACCCUCUGGUUUUCCGUGUCCCUGGGCUGCUGGGAGCGAGGGGAACGCUACAGCCACAGCAUCCUGACGGUCCUGAACCACUUUGUGGCCGGCUGGACCGACUGGAACCUGGCCCUGAACCUGGAGGGGGGCCCCAACUGGGUCAAGAACUACGUGGACAGCCCCGUCAUCGUGGACACCAGCGAAGGCAUCUUCUACAAGCAGCCCAUGUUCUACCACCUGGGGCACUUCAGCAAGUUCAUCCCUGAGGGCUCCCGGCGCGUGGGGCUGCACAGCAGACGCAGAUGUCUCACGUGUCAGCUGGAGCACGUGGCCGUCCUGCGCCCUGACGGGGCCCUCGUCCUGGUGGUCCUCAACAGGUUUGGCUGGGACGUGCCGUUUGGGAUCCAGGACCCCGCCGUUGGGUUCAUCGAGACGGUGGCUCCGGCCAACUCCAUCCAGACCUACCUGUGGCACCAGCAGUGA